CGGCCGAUGUGCUGAUGAACUUCUCUACUGUCGUAUUUGUAUUAGUUGCGCUUGGUUUAAAAAAUAUCAAUCGAAUGUUGUGAAUGAAAUUAUGUGAAAAACAAAAUAUUUUGAAUGAAUGUAUGCUUUAGAAACGGCCAGAAUAUUUUUCGUAGAGUUUCAGCUGAUUCCUAUGUGAAGUUAAGUGAAAUUCGCUCGAUAAUCUGGAUUACAAGGAGGGUAUUCAUGUUUAUAAAUAUUGAUUUGUCGCAUUGUGUUUCCUAACGUUUCAUUAAAUAUAUCUAAACGUGAAGUGAAAUGUAGGUACUCGUGAAAAUCAGAGAAUAUAAAUAAAAAUGCAACAACCAGUUAUACGGUAUGGCGCGGUAGUGUUUGUGAUCAUUUUGUGUGUUUGAUAUUGUUUGCUGUGGUUGUUCUGUUUUCUGACAAUGGAGGGGACUACAGAGAAGGAUUGUUCUCCUUUAUGGAACCUGUAUCAGCAGAUCGUUUCUGACAUGAAGAACAGCGCGCCAAUGUGGGAGGAGUUCAUAUCGAAGGCGACGAAACUGCAUUCGGCGUUAAAAUCAGCACUCGUCGCGAUAGCGGCGUUUUUGGACGCGUUUCAGAAAAUAGCUGACGCAGCAACCAAUGCCAGAGGUGCUACCAAAGAAAUAGGAACAGCCUUGACAAGGGUGUGCCUGCGUCACCGAGCCAUCGAAACAAGGAUGAAGACUUUUAUAAGUGCGCUAAUGGAUACUCUAAUUACUCCACUAUCGGAGCGCGCCGAAGAGUGGCGUCGCGGUUGCGCGUCUGGCGCUCUGAGCCGUGACCACGCACGUGAGUGCAAACGUGCGCGAGCAGAACUUCGUAGAAGAGUGCACGACGCACAAAGACAUGCGAGGAAAGCAAGGCGGGCGCCACCGGACGCGAAGCGACGCGCCGAUGUGUGCAUACAGGACGUGCAAGAACGCAAGCAGCAGUUAGAGGAGAUGGAAGAAAAGGCUGUAAAGGCCGCGUUGGUGGAAGAGCGCAGCCGCUUCUGCCACUUCGUGUCUCUUCUCAACCCUGUUGUGGAUUGUGAAGUGGCGAUGUUAGCGGAGGUGGGCCACUUGCAGGAGGGCAGCGAGCAACUAGUGCGACACACCGCUGAGCCGAGGACAUUACCAGCUGCCAGUUUACAGGUUAUCUGCGAUAUAAAGUCCUGCUACAGCGGUUGGGCGGAGACCGGAUCGGCUCCGCAUUCGCCAUCGGCUUCGUCUAGACUCGGCAGCAGAAAAUCCUCUCUCACCUCCAUAUCUUCACUGAAUAGCCAGUGCAGCGAUCAGCAACACGGCGUAUCAGGUUCCACAGUGAGUUGUUCCACGCCAAUAUCGAACGCCUCAUCAGCGGGCACUUUACCCGCGCCCGGGGGCGAAUCCUGUCUGUCGCAGUCAGCGUUUCGCUUGGCGAGCGUAUGCAGUGCCGAUUCCGGUUUCCGCUCGCAGGAUGCGUUGCAACGUCGUUCGCUCUACGUUGAUAAUGGUUCAGACAAUCAGAGCGUCAGUAGCGAAUGUAUUCACACCACGAAGAACAUCGAUGACGACCAUUCGGAAGACACCGCGCUCGACGGGUUGGGCAAUGCUGCGUCGGCGACAUGGCCUGACUUGAAGGACACAGCGCAGUUCGAGCGAGCUGCGACCGCCAUCAUGGGGGGACGGCCGCAUACUAUAUCUGCCGCAUACGAGCGUGGUCACCCCCGCGCGGCGCUCAGUGCCCACACGUUCCCGACUACGGAGGAUUCUCCACAGCGAGAUGGAUCUAUAACUCGCCCGCCGUUACCUACUAGAUGCUCGUCCCUUGAACGGCCUUCAGUCCCGGCAAAGUCGGGUAACGCCAACACUGGACAGCAGGAUCUUAAGACGACAAAGCCGUCUUCAUUGCCACCGCACCUUACCAAAGAAAUGCCGGCGGCUCUAUACGUCAAUAUGUCCGAAUUGGCAACUUUAGCCGCUUCCCGCGCGCACUCGCACCAUUCCCACCAUGCUGACCAUCCGCCUCAGGAAAAGGUGUGUUCAGAGAGCAGUGCGAGCGAAUCUUCUCUCGAGUCUUCGAGCGGGUACGGUAGCCAGGGCGCCUUUGCCAACGACGAUCAAGCGGCGCAUCUUCAGCACCAGCACGCUGACGUGGAGUCUGAGAUCGUGACGUUACGACGGGACAGCGACGCUUCCGUAGCCGCGGCUCGAGAGAGUUUCUCCAUAUCCCUCGGGAGCUUAGAAGAGGCUGUCAGGAGUCUGGACGAAGCUUGCGAGUCUCCAUCGUUCGCGACUAUCGGCAAGAAGCCGGCCGUGCCCAAGCGGCGGCCGGUGUCAAUGUCCGCCACAGUUUGGUCUAGGCGUGGUAGUUCCAGUUCUUUGGGCAAACCACCGCCGCCAGUACGCCGCUCGUCUUCCAUAUCUAGGCCUCAGAGACCACCUUAUGGUCAGGGAAAUACAACACAACAGAUGGCGUCUACAGAUGCCGACAACUUACCCCCACCACCGGCUUUCCUAUUACAACCCGAAAACGACAUUAGUGCAGCUCACACAGGUAUCAACGUAGCAGAGACCGUUAAACAAUUGACAGAGCUUAAACAUAUGCCUGCUUCACCCGGAUUGGUCCGUCGCAGCCUACAACAAAUACAGAAUCAGAAUCAAAAUCAGAACCAAAACAAUGCAAAUACACCCUUGAGCACGUUCCAACAAAGCAAAUAUUCGUCUAACACCAGUCUCAAUAGCACCGGCAAUCUGAAUCCUAUAUACGGACAGACAGGUCAUCGUAUAAUGGCUUACGUCGAGAACUCUAUUUAUGUGAGAAAGAAUAGCUUGAACAGUUCGAAUCAAGAUCUGUUCAGAGAUGGUAAUUCGGGUGGUUCUCCGCACGGAUCGAGCCCAUCAACACCCAGCUACGGCGAGAACAAUUCCUUCACUAGUUUUGGACCGAGAGUUUCUAAUGAUUCACACUAUGGACAAACUGGUUACAAACUGCAACAAGAGAAGAAAUACGGUCAAAAUAACAGCAUAUACGCGCAGCCCUCCGCCAUAGGAGGUAUAGGCGCGCGGCGCGACCCCCUCAGCCCACUGGCUAUGCGGCGCGAUAUAGCUGCGCGCGCGCACAGCGCCGAUAGACAUCCGGACCAGAGCGGUCUCAUAGCCAGUCUCAGUGCCAAGUUAGCGCCUCAAUUAUCGCCGCGUACGACGCGACGUGCGAUCUCGACUAUCACCGCUGCCGAUUCCCCACCUAAAUCCAAAGGAACUCUUCAAACCGCCGUCCAGCCCGCGUUUCUAGACAAACUAUCGGCGACAAUUCAACAACAAAGACGACAGCUCGACUCGCCGCGCGCGAACACUGUGCGAGAUCUGAUCAACGCCCACGCUCAGCCCGAUCCACGCGUCUGCCACACGUCUCUGAUGGAACAGAUCAAACGCGGCGCGACUUUGCGCCGCAACAAACAUUGCAACGACCGUUCAGCGCCCAAAAUACGCUAAACGACGCGCGACAUUCAUCAUUCCACACAACACAAGUACAUUCUUUGUUAUAACUACAGUUUCAUUGCAAAUCGCUACCGGAAAGUGUCGAAUUUUCUUAACAGAUUGUUAAUACAGAUGAAUUCAAAAGACAGUGUUAGCCCACAAAGUACUAACAGUGCGAUAAGGAUAUAAUUAAUAGUGACAGUUGAGUGAGGGCGCCACUGUCUACGGAAAUGACCUAAAUGACUAAAAAAAUAUGACGUUUACAAAUACGGAGGCGUUAGUUCCAAUUUUCGCCGCAUUUAUUUGUGCAGAGAGUGGAGUAUAAAAGAUAUUUCUAUCAUGCACACGUUUACGUUAACUAAGCCGAAUUUAUUCGCGACUAGCGACACAGGUUGUCACAAUCAAAAGCGUAAGUUUAGGUAAAAUUUUCGAAGAUGACCGAAGUCGUCCUAAUGGCUACUUUCUAUUUUGUGGUGCAAAUCAGCAGCUGUUUGUAUUUCAAAAACUGCCCAAAUUCACUGUCAAUAUAUUUUGAACCUUACUAAAUGGCCGCAUUGUUCCGUCCGUAAUGAUGAAAUUGUCAGCAAUGGAUUGGAGACUUUGACAUUUUUUGGUAACCAAGUAGCCUUGCGUGUUACUGCCAGCACAUUAUUGUAACUUUGUAUAAUAAAUAAUAAUGCUAUAGAACAUUAGGAACAUAAAAAAUGUUGCCGUCUUGAAUUUUGUGGCUACGAAGAAACUAUAGUCGUUGCAAAGUAUAGAUUAAUAGUUAAAAUCGCGUCCACACAUUUCAUUCGAACUCAAAUUUGCUAUUGUAGAUAGAUUUUAAAAUAACAGAAAAAUUCAUGACAUUUCAAUGUUAGACGUCUGAGACGUACUAUCGUCGCUUAAUUACUCCGUUAAUCACAGAUCGUCCACAGACUACGUAGGUUUUAAAAUUCUUUACACAAAGUUGACGUCACACAGUAGACGUCAUCGAACCGAGCGUUUUGGCGUUUAAUUCAAAACCAUUAAAAUUAUAUUCAACUUUAAUUCGUUUAAUGGACAAAAAAGACGUUAAUUAAUUUAUUUUAUAUUUUUCUGUUAAACCGUUUGUCCCAACCUUUAAAUAUAAGCAGUUUUCAAAACUCUAAAAUACCCUAUUCUUUGCAAUAAAGAUAAGAGCUUUAAACAAAAAAUAUGCUAAUCAUUCACGAAUGUCAUAGUACUCUGAUAGAACCUAAGACGUAAAGAAUCCACUCAAACAUGCCUGUAUGAAAUUGAUUACUCUCUAGAAAGAUGGAAAAAGCUAUCAUACGAUUAUAGAUGCGCUGACAGAUAGAACAGUGUGAAUGAGACGAAAGUUCGGCCGUCGAUAGAAUGCGAUCCUUACAGAUGGUGUCAGUUCCUAAUGGCUACAUAUAAAGUAUAACUAGUACCAUCAAAGAAGCAAAUUGAAAAUGCCGGCGCAAGACAUUCUGUCUCUCUCGCACGUUAGUAAAAAGGAGGUUCGAAAAUCAACUCUAAUUCUGUAGCCAUAAGGAUGCAAUGCACGACCUGUUAGGAACGCAUUCGUUCGUUGGCCGCACUUUAAGCGGUCGAGCGAAUAGUCGCGUAUUAUAUCGCGUUCAAGUUUAACUGGCAGCUGGCUAAAGAAUACUCUGUCCACUCUCUCUGUAAAUGUGGAUAGAACUCAUAACAUCGCUCGAUUACAAUCUUUGUUAUUUUUAUCGAAUCAAAAAUAAUUAAAGAUUCAUUUGUUUUACCGAAAUUUUACAUUUGCGUAAACGCCAAGCUGUAUGGCGUUUGGAAAGCUCAAUCUAUGUAAGGACGCAGGGUAAAGAAUAUUAAUCCUUAAUUCAAUAAGACAAGACAUACUAUAACAUGGCAAAAUUGAAAAGAAAUUUAUAUAUAACUCAGAGUUAGUCACGCGCUAAACAUUUUCCUAACAGGACAAUUAGUCGUGCUUGUAUUCUCACAUUCAGAAUUCCAUUAUAAGUACGUCACUAUAUUCCCGAUAUGAUUAUCCAAUAUUUGUUUUCAAUAGGUAACAACGGUUUGUUUAUUUUUAUACAGGAUGUAUUUUCAUGCUGUAAAGGCCAGUUAACUUUUAUAUAAUUGAUAUGAAUAUAAUAUUUUUAAUACUAAUAGGUAAACGGAUAAUAAGUAAAAUUGCAAAACAUUUGUAUAAAUUGAACUUAACACUUCUUCCUUCAAUAUAUUUUUACACGACUACACGGCAAUAAUGAAGUUAAUGUUUUCAAAAUUCAUGUACAGUACCAGACCAUUUAUAAGUCGCAUCGUGCUUUAGAGAGAGAUACUCGGCUAGCUUCGGCU